AUGUCAUCCAUGGUGAAAUUUCUAGCGUGCUUUAUCACCCUUGUUUUGCUCUCAUCAGGGAACUUUGGAGUCCAAACUUGCACAUUUUACGUGACCAACAAGUGCCCGUUCUCCAUAUGGCCGGCCACCGCCCCUAACCAGGGUCACCCGGUCCUUGCCGACGGCGGUUUCCACCUCCCGUCCGGGCAGACCAAAAUGUUUCGAGCUCCGGGCGAUUGGUCGGGUCGAAUAUGGGCCCGAACAGGCUGCACAUUCGGCCUAGCCACAAACCCCGGGCCCGCGUGCGAGACAGGAGACUGCGGUAACCAACUCGAGUGUGAAGGGCUCAUCGGGAACCCCCCAGCUACGCUGGUCGAGUUCACAAUACAAGCCGACAAGCAAAAACCGAGCUUUUACGAUGUGAGCCUGGUGGACGGGUACAACCUGCCAGUCCAGGUCUCGUCGAAGGGCUUAGACCCGAAAUGCACGAUUCUGAGUUGCAGACGAGACCUAAAGGUCGCGUGCCCAAGGGAGCUCUCGGUUUACGAUCGCUCGGGUGAUGUUGUGGCUUGUAAAAGCGCGUGUCUCGCAUUCGGGCAUGAUAUGUUCUGCUGCAGAAACGAGUACGGGAGCCCGGACAAGUGUGGGCCCUCCGCAUACUCAAAGGUGUUCAAGGACGCGUGCCCGAGAUACGUCAGCUACGCGUACGACAGCCAGGGCACGCUGGCGAGUUGCUGGUCAGACGAGUACGUGGUGACCUUUUGCCCGGGUAAAUGGGGCGCGGAAUUCGUCUAA